UACGCCGACCCUGUUUCUGACCUCCUCGACAAGCGCAACGUGUUCCGGUCGCGGCUGUUCCGCGAGGCCUGCGUGUUCCACAAGGGAAACUACGUGAAAGACCUGGCUCGGCUCGGGCGUGACCUGAACAAGACGUUGAUCAUGGACAACUCGCCGGCCAGCUAUGCAUUCCACCCUGAAAAUGCUAUCGCCGUCCAGACGUGGUUCGACGACCCGCACGAUUCCGAGCUGCUCGAAGUUUUGCCGCUUUGGAUCGGU